UCACAUCCGUCGGAAAUGAAGUCCAGUUGAAUGAGCGCGUGCCGUCCGAGACAUGUUGAAGGUGUUCCAGGUGUGUGUCCGCCGCCAGCUGUGGAGGAGUCUCAGCUCCGCGGCGGGCGAUGUGCGCCGGCCGCGCCGCGGUUCGAACCGGACCCAGGUCCAGAGCUGCACCGUAGACACAAACCUGGAGGAGGAGUUCGUGUUCCUGGACUGUGCAGUUCCAGAGGAGGACCCCCGUUAUGAGGAGCAGCUCAUCCAUCAGCUCAGAAUUUCCUUGGCUACUUCUGAACCAGCUCCUGUUGCUCAGGUCUCCCUUCAGAAAUACCAGAGGUCUCUGGAGCGUCAGCUGCAGGUGUUAAAGGGUGAUGCCCUGCAGGAGGCGGAGCUAAACUCCCUCAUUGACUUCCAGGAUGCGGACUUCCCGUUGGACGAGAACCUCGUUAAGUCCAAUAAGAAGAAGAAGAAGAAAGAGCAGAAAGGCGAGCACAAGAUCUUUGGGACUCCGGACGUGGACGUGCCGAUUAGCGACACCUGCUGCUCGGGCUGCGGUGCCAUUCUGCACUGCACCGCCAGCGACGUCCCCGGUUACCUGCCCAGCGAAAAGUACAAGGUCCUGCUGCAGGAGGAGAAACUGGGCGGAGCCAGCUGCCAGCGCUGCCACCUCCUCAACUACCACCACAAGGCCCUGAACCUGAAGCUGUCCCACGACCAGUACCGGGAUGUGGUGCAGCAGAUCCGCACCAAGAAGGCGCUGGUGCUACUCCUUGUAGACCUUCUGGACCUGCCGGACUCCAUCGUUCCUGACCUGCCAGGCCUGGUGGGAACCAACAAGCACGUUGUCGUCCUCGGCAACAAAAUUGACCUUCUGCCCAAAGACGCGCCCAACUACCUGCAGCGCAUCAAACGGCAGCUGUCCCAGUACUGUCAGGACGCCAGCUUCAGUUCUCAGGUGACGGAUGUCCACCUGAUCAGUGCCAAGACCGGCUACGGCAUCGAGGCCCUGAUCUCCAGACUGCAGCGGUCCUGGAAGUACAAAGGAGACGUGUACAUGGUGGGCAGCGCCAACUCUGGGAAGUCCACGCUCUUCAACACGCUGCUCGAGUCCGAUUACUGCAAGUCCAGAGCCGUCGAUGUGAUCGGCAAGGCCACCAUCUCGCCGUGGCCCGGGACCACCCUGAACCUGUUGAAGUUCCCCAUCAUCAACCCCACCCCGUACAGGAUGUUCAAGCGUCUUGAGCGCCUGAAGGAGUCGGCGCAUCAGACGGAGGCGGAGCUUGAGUUCAACGAGCUGAAGAAGCUGCAGCAGCUGAGCAAACACGGAUACUUAGUGGGCCGCGUUGGUCGAACGUUCCGGCACAACAGAACCAAGCUGAAUGAGAUCCAGUUUGACCCGGACAGUUUGGCAUUUGGAGAAAACGAAGAUGCAGAUUCUACAAUGCCAGUUGUCAGCAGUCCACGUGAGGAGCUGAGCUUCAACGAGGUGAAGGACGCCCACUGGCUGUUCGACACGCCGGGAAUCAUGAAGGAACGCGACAUCCUCCAUCUGCUGCAGGACCACGAGGUCCAGCUGGUGGUUCCGACUCAAGCCAUCAUCCCACGAACGUUCGUGUUGAAACCCGGUAUGAGUCUGUUUGUGGGAGCUCUGGCCAGGAUCGACUUCCUGCAGGGAGGACAGUCCUGCUGGUUUUCUGUCAUGGCUUCUAAUCGUGUCCCAGUCCACAUCACCCAUUUGGACAAAGCUGACAAAGUCUACGAGAAACACGCAGGCGACAUCCUGCUGGGAGUGCCUGCAGGAGGCUCGGAGAGGAUGAAACAGUUUCCUGCCUUGGUCCCUCAGGACUUCACCUUGGAGGGCCGAAGUUACCUGGAAGCUGCUGCUGACAUCACACUGUCAUCUGCAGGUUGGGUAGCUUUGACGGCAGUGGAGGGGGACCAGGUUCAGGUGAGGGUCCACGGUCCGGCAGCAGCAGGCAUCAGAUUGCGGACGCCGCCGCUGCUUCCUCACAUCGUGUCUCUAAAAGGAAAACGAGUUCCUAAAUCUGCCACCUACAAACCUCUGAAGACCGUAGGGAUGCUGGACGGAAUGUCUGCUGACGGCGCCCAGACGCUGCAGGUCAAGAAGAAGAAGUAGUGAAUGGACAGGAGGACAGGCGUUUUUUUACUGCACUCCUGUCCUGCAGACGGUUGAAGCUCCGCCUCUAAGGUUGAGCUACAGACAUGCAACAGUCUCUGCCUCCGUGGCAACAAACAGUGGAACUCGUCUCCAGCAGAAAGAUCCGGAUCCUUGGAUCGGCUCGGGUCCAGGCUUUGUUCCGUUUGGUAGAAAUGCUCAAACCCACGGCUGUGAUUGGUCGACUCCACCCGUGUCCGAGCAGAACCAAAACCACCUCUGAAUG